UCAAAAAAUAUCUCCUUCCGAGCAAGAGACGGACAGAGAUAGAAGCUUGUUCAAUACGUUUACAUCUCUCUCUCUCUCUCUCUCUCGCUCCAUCGGUCCUCCACCAUAUAACUCCCUCCCAUACCCACUUUGCUUUUUCUCUAAUGUCUGCUUCUUCUGAUCGCUUUGAGACCAUAGUAAAUUCACAUCCACCACGGCCAUCACCACCGACAACCACACCUAGCUUUUGUUUCUCAAAUUCAUUCAUGAACACCUCCUUCACAGACCUCCUCGUCGGUGAUGUCUUCCCCACCACCACCACCACAGCCGUCGCGGGUAGCCGCGGACUUGCUAAUCGAAUAGCUGAGAGAAGUGGCUCAGGGGUGCCCAAAUUCAAGUCGAUUCCCCCACCUUCCCUCCCCCUCUCUCCACCUGCUAUCUCUCCUUCUUCAUACUUUGCUAUCCCUGCUGGAUUAAGCCCUGCUGAGCUUUUGGAUUCUCCUAUCCUUCUGUCCUCGUCCAACAUUUUUCCAUCUCCAACUACUGGGACUUUUCCAUUUCACACCUUCAAUUGGAAAAGCAACACUAACAACCAGCUGGGUAUCAAGCAGGAGGAGAAAAACUACUCAGACUUCUCUUUUCAACCCGGAACAAGGCCUCCGAGAUCAUCCACAUCAAUGUUUGAGUCACAAAACAAUGGAAUUCCGAAGGAACAACAGGUUAGGCAUUAUCAAGAACACACCAAGCAAGGUGGCCUAUCAUCCAUGAAUACAACGGUGAAGUCUGAGCCUCCCUCAAUACAGAGUUUCUCCCCUGAGAUUUCUACUGUUGAAAACACUCAAAGCAAUGGCAGAUUCCAGUCAGCUUCUAGUAAUUACAACCAAUCCUCCCAGUCGAUGAGUGAGCGAAGAAGAUCAGAUGAUGGGUAUAAUUGGAGGAAAUAUGGGGAGAAAAAAGUGAAAGGAAGCGAAAAUCCGCGGAGUUAUUACAAGUGUACAUACAACAAUUGCCCAAUGAAAAAGAAAGUAGAGAAGUCUUUAGAUGGUGGUCAGAUUACAGAGAUUGUUUAUAAGGGCAGUCAUAAUCAUCCCAAGCCUCAGAGCACUAGGAGAUCAUCAUCAUCAGUUUCUUCUCAGGCAAUUCAUUUCAAUCCUUCAAACGAGGACAUCCCAGUUCAGUCAUAUGCAUCACAAGGUACUGGACAAAUGGAUUCAGAACCAACACCAGAGAAUUCUUCUAUAUCGGUUGGGGAUGAGGAUUUCGAACAGAGUUCCCAGAAUUGUAAAUCAGGGGGAGAUGAGUUUGACGAAGAUGAACCUGAUGUCAAAAGAUGGAAAAGCAUAAAUGAAAGUGAAGGCAUAUCAGCACCAGGAAGUAGGACACUGAGAGAACCUAGGGUUGUAGUUCAGACUAAAAGUGAUAUUGAUAUUCUUGAUGAUGGAUAUAGAUGGAGAAAGUACGGUCAGAAGGUGGUGAAAGGAAAUCCUAAUCCAAGGAGCUACUAUAAGUGCACAAGUGCUGGAUGUCCAGUGAGAAAACAUGUCGAGCGAGCAUGUCACGACCUAAGGUCGGUGAUAACCACUUACGAGGGAAAGCACAACCACGAUGUUCCAGCUCCUCGUGGCAGCGCCUCCCACUCUGUCAACAGGCCUCUGUUACAUACCACUACCAACAAUGCAGCCAUGGCAAUUAGGCCGUCGUCCAUGUCCCAUCUCUCCAACAACCCCAUGACCAAUCCCAUUCAGAGUAUGAGGCCACCACCGUCCGUUUAUCAAGCACCCUUCACAUUGGAGAUGCUGCAGAGUCCUGGGAGUUUUGGAUUCUCGGAAUUUGGAAAUUCAAUGGGCUCUUACAUGAAUCAAUCACAACACACAGACGAUGUCUUCUAUAAGACUAAGGAAGAACCUAGUGAGGACAUGUUCCUCGAGUCGUUGCUGUACUGAAUCGCUUCAUUUUGGAUGUUUGGGCUUUUAGAUGUAUUGGGAUUUAGAUACAGUAAGAAGGUCAGAUUCAAUGACCAAAAAAAAGAAAAGAUUCAUUUGUUGUCGUUUUUUUCAAUCUUUUUGUCAUAUGUUUUUUUGUAUUUUGAUGUAUAUUUAUUUCUACAGGAAUUUGGUUUUGUAUAUUCAGAGAAAUAUAUGGUACA